AUGGGGAAUUUUAAUUCACUCCCACACGAUAUUAUGUUUGAUAUUUUAUCUCGAUUACCAAUUGAAUCAGUUUUAGAAUACAAACUGGUAUCUAAACCAUGGAGAAAUCUUAUUCGGCAGUAUCCAUCAUUCUCACAGACUAAUCAUCUCGAUUCUGCACGUAAGUUGAGUUUCAUAUUUGAUACACCAGAUUGCUAUGAAGAAGAUCUGUUUUGGUUUAACGAGGUAUAUACUUAUACCGAGUAUAACGAGAAUUUGAACUGUUUUAUUACUAGAAGUUUAAGGAUGAGUUCAAGUCUUCCAAAUAAAUUUUGUUACAUCCUUGGUUCAUGUAAUGGUUUGAUUUGUUUCAAUGCAUCUCUUGAUAGGAAGACGAAGGCGAACAAUCAAUCUUUAUUAUUAUUAUCUGUUUAUGAACCUGCUUAUAUCUGUAAUCCAGUUACUAGAGAAUAUCUUGUUCUUCCAAAACCUGUAGGAAACAAAGUGUUAACUGGAUUUGGUUACACUCCGUCAACCAAUGAGUACAAGGUUGUGAGAAUUUUUAACUCUAGGACAGAACCAAAUUUUGGAAGUGUUCAGGUAUACACUCUUGGGAGUGGCGUUGGGUGGAGAAAUGUUAAAGCCAAGAUGGAAUAUGAUGUGAAUGGGACGUAUUCCAGGGAUCAAUUUGGUGUGUUUGCAAAUGGAUCUGUUCAUUGGGUGUCCUGCCGAGGUAUUAUUGUUGCCUUUCAUUUGGCUGAUGAAGAAUUUCUAGUACUUCGACCACCACCUUGUUUGCCACAUGGUAAUCGGUUUCCUCUUCUUUUUAAGUUACUAGUUUUAGGAGACUGUAUAUGUGUGUAUUUUUGCCGUUAUCAAGGUUCUGAAUUAUGGGUUUUAAAGAAGAAUUGGAAUAAAGAGUUUAGUAAUUUAUCAAGGUUUGAAAAACCGAUCACCUUUACGAAGAGUGGUGGGCUGUUAUGCUACAAUUAUGGUGACAAAAAUGUCUACCAUUACGCUCCAGAAGCUUCACCUUCCAGGAUGCUUGUGGAUUUUGGUAAGAAUUUUGAAUUUGGAGUCCCUCACAAUAACACCUUAGUGUCACUGAAAGCACUAGGAGAAAAAGAUGCGAAACUGCUGGAUUCGUUUGCAAACGGAUAUCAUUAG